CAUUUGAGCAUUUACGUUUAUGUAGGGAAGUAGCUAUAGCAUACGCUGGGAGCGACAACGAAGGGUGACACCGCUCGUGAUUCAUCUGUGUCGUAUUCAAGCAAACGGGAUUGUUUCUAUGCGUUCCAUUGUUGAGGAAGCUGGUGAAAAAGCACACGUUUAAUAGACGGCUUUAACUGAUAUUAUCAGGGAAACAGCAGGCAGUCUUCGGCGACCCUCACCGACCUGUGAAACAGGUCACAGAAACCUGUUUCAGCUGUACAGCCAUUCAGAAGCAGUGCAGCCAUUCAGAAGCAGUUCGGCAUUGUUAUGCAAACUCCACACAGGGGAAGGUGCGUGUAGCGGCAUGAGAGGAGCUCGUGCGCAUUGCUCUGCGUGAAGUAAAGCGAACAUCGCGUGCAGCGAGUGUUACAUUCGCAGGGUCACGUGGCCUUUAAGUCAAGGCCUAAGUUCAAGUUCCGUUCACAGAAGAGGGACAGGGCACAGCUAUCUUAGCCGUCAGAUGGACGCUGCUUGACCAAGACUUGAUAACGAACCUGUUGAUGACAAAGUUUGCGGUUUCUAGUUUAUGGAUUAGCGGUGAUUAAGGAAUUGAUAUAAUGGCUAACAGCUUCGAAGACUUCUGUGGAGGAACGUUUUGGAACGACACGCAGCUCUUGAAGAACUCUUGGCCGGAACUGACGCCAUGCUUCCGGUUUACAGUCCUUAUUUGGGCACCACUGGUGUUCUUGUGGGUGUCAGCUGCCAUCUAUUUGCCCUACAUCAUCUCCCACACGGCAAAGGCCAGACUCCCCGUCUCGGCGCUCAACAUUGUCAAAACUUUCAGUAGCGGCAUGCUGUCCCUGCUGACCCUUGUCGUCAUACUCCACCUGGUGGUCAACGAGAAACACGGGCAAACCGUUUCACAGGCUGAAUACCUAGGUUUCUCGCUGCAGUUAAUUACAUAUCUGCUGACGAUCGUUAUCAUGCAGAUAGAUCGCCUAAGAGGGGUGUACACGUCCGGGAUAUUGUUCGUUUACUGGACACUAGAGGUCCUUGCUGCUGUAGUUCCUUUCUAUACCUACAUAAUUCAAAAGGAAUACGAAGACGAUUUGGCAACAUUUGUAGUGUUUUAUAUCAAAUUUGGAUUGCUUCUUUUCGAAUUCAUACUUCAAUGGUUUUCUGACACCCCGAAACUCCGACAGGGAUACGAAGUCAUUGGGAACCGGCCAUGUCCGGAAGUUACAGCCUCGUUUCCGUCCAGAUUAGUGUAUUGGUGGAUUGCCAAGCUGGUCUUCAUUGGCUACAAACGAGGCAUAGAAGAGGACGAUCUCUGGGACCUCAACCCACGUGACCAGAGCCGGACAUUGGUGCCACCUUUUGAGAAAGAAUGGACUCAAGAAGUAAAUAAAGUGAAAACCAAAAAUUUAUUUUUGAGAGCAAAGAGAAAAAUAAUUUACACAAAUGGUGCGGUGACUGUCGGCCACACGCACAGUGAAAGAACCUCACUUAUCCCACCCAAAAAGUCCAAACAGAAUGGCGAGAGCCCACUGGUCAAGGGUAUGGUCAACUCGACGGACAAGAAGGCCGACCAGGACGACCCAGCACGUGGUCUGCUGCGGCCAUCACUGAUAAGAGUCCUAUGGCGACUAUACGGCUGCAGCCUCCUCUCGCUGUUUGGCGUCAAGUUUGUCGCUGAUCUUCUACAGAUGGCGGGGCCUCUUGUUAUGAGCGUGCUGAUCAACUACAUCUCCAACAAGACCCCCGGGGAAGAGUGGAAGGGGUACGUGCUGGCCACAGGGCUGCUGCUGCUGUCCACGCUCAGGAGCAUCUUCUACCAGGCCAGUCUCAACCAGGCCGCCAUCCUCGGGAUGCAGAUGAAGACCACCCUCAUUGCGGCCCUUUACAAGAAGGCUCUGACGUUAAGCAACGAGGCCAAGAAAACCACGACUACCGGCGAGAUUGUCAACUUGAUGUCCGUGGACAGCCAACGCAUCAACGACGUCAUGAACUACCUCUUCCUGCUGUGGUCAGUGCCUGUCCAGAUCAUUCUGUCCAUCAUCCUGCUGUACGUCACAAUAGGACCGUCCGUGUUCGCCGGUCUCGCCGUCCUCCUCAUCAUGAUUCCCUUCAACGGCUACCUCUCCAACAUACAACGUCAUCUGCAGACCCGCAACCUCAAGGACAAAGAUCAGCGGAUCAAACUGCUGAAUGAGAUCCUCAAUGGAAUAAAGGUGCUGAAGCUAUACGCUUGGGAGGAGUCGUUCAAAGGCAAGGUCGAGGAGAUCAGGAAGAGAGAGAUUCAUUCACAAUUAAAGAUCUCCUACCUCUCCAUUCUCACCGGGCUCGGCUGGACCGUCGCACCAUUCCUGGUAGUUGCAGCAACGUUCGCAACGUACGUCCUCGCCGACCCCAACAACCAGUUGGACGCCAACAAAGCCUUCGUCACCCUCUCCCUCUUCAACAUCCUCCGGGUCCCCAUGAAUCUUCUCUCCGCCAUCAUGUCGUAUACUGUUCAGGCCUACGUUUCGGUCAAGAGAGUGAAUAAGUACCUCUGCAGUGAAGACCUCGACAGGAGCAACGUCACGUACGACGAACACGCCGAUUAUGCAGUACAGGUAGAGAAGGGUACUUUCACUUGGGACAGGAGUAUGUCCCCCAACUUGAGGGGCAUCAAUCUGAGUGUCCCGGAAGGAAAACUGGUCGCCAUUGUUGGUCACGUGGGUUGCGGGAAAUCGUCAUUUUUAUCCGCCAUCUUGGGUGAGAUGGAGAAACUGUCAGGCAGCGUUACUGUCAAGGCAUCAACGGCCUACGUUCCUCAGCAAGCUUGGAUCCAAAACGCCACUCUCAAAGACAACAUUCUCUUCGGCAAAAGAUUCCGUGAACAGAAGUACCAGGCAGUGAUUGAGGCAUGCGCACUACAACCGGAUCUAGCUAUAUUGGCUGCUGGGGACGAGACCGAAAUUGGAGAAAAGGGUAUCAAUUUGAGCGGAGGUCAGAAGCAGCGCGUGAGUCUUGCACGUGCGGUCUACAGUAACUCGGACAUCUACCUAUUCGAUGACCCUCUGAGCGCCGUGGACAGUCACGUGGGAAAACACAUCUUCAAGAACGUCGUUGGCCCAAAUGGCUUACUCCAGGGAAAGACCCGGAUCCUGGUGACGCAUGGCGUCCAUUGGCUUCCCAUGGUGGACCAGAUCAUUGUCAUGAAUGACGGCACCAUUACGGAGACCGGAAGUUACGAUCAGCUGAUGUCCCACGACGGCCAUUUUGCCCAGUUUCUUAAGACCUACCUCAUAGAACAAUCCGACGAUGAGGACGAAGAUCAAGAAAGACGUCCACAGACCAAAGACAUCAGUUACUACAGCGACGACUGCUCAGUCGUUGAGGAGGAUUAUUUUGCUCAAAACGUGGCCCAAUCCUACGAACUCCACACACUGCCGCAGGAGGAUGAGGAAGCGCUCUUUCAAAUGAUCAAGGAGAAAAUGCUCGCAAGAGUAGAAUCUGUGACAUCCGAUGGUACAUCGGCAGAUGAGGCCUCAUUACGGCGCAGGAAGAGGCGCAAAAGCCAGGGAUUGUCUGAGUCGGUGAAAAGCACAUCGACCCCCGAAAAGAAAGCGAAGUCCAUCACCGUCAAGGAACGACAAGGGAGACUGACGCAGAUCGAGACGAUGGAGAAAGGACAGGUCGGAUGGAACGUGUUCUUGAUGUACGGAAGAGCUGCGGGGCUACCAACCAUCACGCUGUCACUCUUCCUCUUCUGUGCAUUCCAAGCCGUUAACACGGGGGCGGGGUUCUACCUCACCAACUGGACGGAAGAUCCACAACUUGGCAAUUCCUCUUCCCUCCCCCCGGACGAGUACGCGGCACUGAAUAAGAAGUACCUUGGGACAUACUGGACCUUUGCUUUAGCUAUGAUUGCUAUAAUGGCAGUCUGUGGCUAUCUGUUCUGGACGAGAGUCGUAAGAGCUGCUGCGCGUCUUCACGACGCCAUCCUCAGCCGCGUCUUCAGAUCACCCAUGUCGUUCUUCGACACCACGCCUCUCGGGCGUAUCCUCAACCGGAUGUCACGUGACGUUGAAACUGUCGACAACACCCUGCCUGUCAUCGUUAGGAUGUUCAUGUCGACGGUGACGAACGUCGUGGGUACUGUCGUCAUCAUCAGUAUAAAUACCCCCAUCAUUAUUGCGGUGUUCGUUCCGCUUCUAAUUUUCUACUACUUUAUACAGAAUUUUUACAUCCCCACCUCCUGCCAACUGAAGCGUAUCGAGUCCGUGACUCGCUCCCCCGUCUACACCCACUUCAGCGAGACCAUCACCGGCGCCUCCAGCAUCCGCGCCUACGGAGCCGUGGACAGAUUUAUAGACGAGUCCAAGAAGAGGGUGGACAGGAAUCAGGUCUUCUACUUUGGAGGCAUCGUCUCAAACAGAUGGCUCGCCUAUUACCUCGACAUGAUUGGAAGUACCAUCAUCUUCGCUUCUGCCAUGUUUGCUGUGGUCUCUACAGAUUCCAGUGGAGGCCAGCUGGGACUGUCGGUGUCAUACGCUCUACAGGUGUCCGGCUCUAUGGGAUGGAUGGUCAAGCAGAUCAGUGACCUUCAAACCAACAUUGUCUCCGUGGAGAGGAUUAAGGAGUAUUCUGAGCUGAAAACAGAGGCGGACUGGGUUCUUCCACACGCUCGACCUCCUGUGGACUGGCCCCAGAGAGGAACGGUGCAGUUGCAAAACUACAUGACGCGGUACAGAGAUAGCCUUGACCUCGUCCUCAAAGGGGUCACGUGUACUGUUGAAGGAGGGCAAAAGGUGGGCAUUGUGGGUAGAACUGGUGCCGGCAAGUCGUCCUUCACCUUGGCCUUGUUUAGGAUCCUCGAGGCCGCCGGAGGCUCCAUUGUGAUAGAUGGGAUCAACAUUGCUCAUAUCGGGUUGCAUGACGUCAGAUCACGACUUACGAUUCUACCCCAGGAUCCUGUGCUGUUUUCUGGCACCAUGAGGAUGAAUCUGGACCCAUUCAACGAGUUCAGUGACGACGACAUAUGGCGGGCUCUAGACAGGGCUCACCUCAAGAAGUUCGUGGUUGACGUCCCCGGGCAGCUGCUGUACGAGUGUGGAGAAGGAGGGGAGAAUCUCAGCGUUGGACAAAGACAGUUGGUGUGUCUUGCACGUGCACUAUUGCGUCACACAAAGGUCCUCGUCCUUGAUGAGGCUACGGCAGCUGUUGACAUGGAAACAGACUCCUUGAUUCAGAAAACAAUCAGGGAAGCCUUCGCCGACUGUACAAUCAUCACAAUUGCUCACAGGUUGAACACGGUCAUGGAUUAUGAUAGAAUCAUCGUAAUGGACGCUGGAAUAAUUAAAGAAUUCGACUCUCCCGAAUCUCUGCUCAAGAACCCAGACAGUUUGUUCUACGGUCUAGCCAAAAAUGCCGGACUGAUAUGAACUUGACCUACAUGCUACCGAAGGUCAAGUUUUCACACCACAUGUCAAGGUCACGGUUCAAAUAUGACCUAUUGAAUCUGCAUUUAUGACUCGCCGGAGCCUUAUACAGUCUCUGCAAAAGACCACAUUGAUCACGUGACCAAGAAAGAACUUGAGGAAGUGUCUAUCAGUUUCUCAGUAUUGAUUACACUGCACUGAUUCAGGAACGGAUGCAUGGAUGGAUGGAUGGUUGGAUGGAUGGUUGGAUGGAUGGAUGGAUGGAUGGAUUGAUUGAUGGAUGGUUAGUUGGAUGGAUGGAUGGAUGGAUGGUUGGAUGGUUUGAUAACCAUGUAGCUGUGAUACCUGAUGCUGUCAGUUUAUUGUGGAUAUAUACACCUUGAAAAAAGUUAAG